AUGCCGACGCGGCCCUCCUCCACCCCCGCUUCCCGAUUCCUCCAGCUAUUGCUGGUCAUCGUGAUCACCUGCGCCGUUCCGGGGGUGAGAUGCUCCGAUCGGCGGUUCCCGCACCUCGACCGCGUCCGCGAGCUCCAGCGCCGGGAGGGUUCGUCAUCGGCCGAGCAGGAGGCCGCCGCGCGGGGACUUCUUGCGCGCCUCCUACCGUCACACUCCACCAGCUUCGAGUUCAGGGUCAUCUCCACGGUCAUUAAAAGGUGUGAAUGCACCAAACAGAUGCUUGGUGUAAGUGGGGUCGAAAUUUCUGCUGGCUUUCAUUGGUACUUGAAACACUAUUGUACAGCACAUAUAUCUUGGUAUAAAACCGGUGGUGCACAACUAUCAUCCAUUCCGCAUCCUGGGUCACUACCUCGUGUUCCUGAUGGUGGUGUAUUGAUUCAAAGACCCAUUGGCUGGAGCUACUACCAGAAUGCAGUUACAUCCAGCUAUUCUUUUGCUUGGUGGGAUUGGGAGCGAUGGGAGAAGGAAAUUGACUGGAUGGCUCUUCAAGGAAUCAAUUUGCCUCUUGCUUUCACUGGGCAAGAGUCUAUAUGGCAGAAGGUUUUUCAGAGGUACAACAUUAGCAAAUCAGAUCUGGAUGAUUUCUUUGGUGGGCCAGCCUUUCUUGCAUGGUCUCGAAUGGCUAAUAUGCAUGGAUGGGGUGGACCUCUCCCUCAGACUUGGCUUGAUGACCAACUAGCACUUCAAAAGAAAAUCCUAUCUAGGAUAUACGCUUUUGGCAUGUUCCCAGUUCUUCCAGCCUUUUCUGGCAACAUCCCAGCUGCAUUAAAGUCAAAAUUCCCUUCAGCUAAAGUCACUCACCUUGGCAACUGGUUUACAGUUGACAGUAAUCCAAGGUGGUGCUGCACAUAUCUUCUUGAUGCAUCUGAUCCUUUAUUCGUAGAAAUUGGGAAGUUGUUUAUAGAAGAACAAAUCAGAGAAUAUGGUAGGACAAGUCACAUCUACAACUGUGAUACUUUUGAUGAGAACACUCCUCCACUAAGUGACCCGAAUUAUAUAUCUUCGUUGGGUGCUGCAACGUUCAAGGGUAUGCAAAGCGGUGACAACGAUGCUAUUUGGUUGAUGCAAGGUUGGUUGUUUACCUAUGAUCCUUUCUGGGAACCUCCACAAAUGAAGGCAUUACUACAUUCUGUUCCUGUUGGCAAAAUGAUUGUUCUUGAUCUUUACGCUGAAGUUAAACCAGUGUGGAUAAAUUCUGAUCAGUUCUAUGAUUUUGAAAUGUAUGGUAUUUUGGAUGCUUUGGCUUCUGGGCCUAUUGAUGCUCGAUUAAGUGAUAACUCCACAAUGGUUGGAGUUGGUAUGUCUAUGGAAGGUAUUGAGCAAAAUCCUAUUGUUUAUGACCUUAUGUCAGAAAUGGCCUUCCAUCACAGACAAGUUGAUCUUCAGGUUUGGGUCGAGACAUAUCCAACAAGAAGAUAUGGAAAACCAGUGAAGGGACUGCAAGAUGCUUGGUGGAUUUUGUAUCAAACUUUAUAUAACUGCACAGAUGGUAAAAAUGACAAAAAUCGGGACGUGAUAGUGGCCUUCCCAGAUGUUGAACCUUUUGUUAUUGAGACACCAGGGUUGUAUGUGAAUACUAGACAGAUGUAUUCUACAAUGCCAUCGAAAAAUUACAUAGGGAAGGACUCCUCUAGUGAUGCAUAUGAUCAUCCUCAUCUAUGGUAUGAUACUAAUGCCGUUAUCCAUGCCCUGGAACUUUUUCUUCAACAUGGAGAUGAAGUAUCUGACAGCAACACCUUCAGGUAUGACCUUGUGGAUUUGACUCGUCAAGUUCUGGCUAAAUAUGCCAAUGACGUCUUUCUAAAGAUCAUCGAGAGCUACAAAUCAAACAACAUGAAUCAAGUCACCAUCCUGUGCCAGCACUUUCUCAACCUUGUAAAUGACCUUGACACACUACUAUCCUCUCAUGAGGGUUUUCUGCUUGGGCCUUGGUUGGAAAGUGCCAAGGGCCUUGCACGAAACAGUGAGCAAGAAAUACAGUAUGAAUGGAAUGCUAGAACACAAAUUACAAUGUGGUUUGACAACACGGAAACAAAAGCAAGUUUAUUGCGUGACUAUGCAAACAAGUACUGGAGUGGCCUGCUACGAGAUUACUAUGGGCCAAGGGCUGCCAUCUACUUCAAGCACUUGUUGUUAAGCAUGGAGAAGAAUGCACCUUUCGCGCUCACAGAAUGGAGGAGGGAAUGGAUCAGACUCACCAACAAAUGGCAGAGCGAUAGGAAGGUGUUUUCAACCACAGCUACAGGAGACUCUCUGAACAUAUCAUGGUCGCUUUACAUAAAGUACUUGAGCAACGCUGAUCCACUUGAGCUCGAAGGUACAGGCUCCCCUGGGAAGUCAGCAAGCUUAUAA